AUGGCAGAUCUAAGCAAACUUCCGAAAGACUUCUAUGUCACAUCCAUGCAGUUCACCAAAAAUGCACACCAAGACGUAUACUCUGCAAUCGAUCCCAGUAGCCCAGAGCAUAGCCUGGCAGGAAAAGUUGCAGUCAUCACUGGAGCUUCGCGUGGUAUUGGAGCCAUGGCCAUGGUACCGGCCUUCGUAAAGGCAGGCGUAAAGGGUGUAGUACUGCUAGCUUCGAAUGCCGAAAAGCUCGCAGCUACCGAAAAAUCCGUCAAGGCGUCCAACCCCACCAUCGAAACAUUGACAUAUGCUCUCGACAUCUCCGACACCAAAGCCGUUGAGGCUGCCUUCGAAGCAAUCCGGCAGAAGUUCGGCCAUGCAGAUGUCCUCAUCAACGCCGCCGGUGCCAUGACUGGAGACGGACCGAAACUGCACGACACAGACCCCGAUCAAUGGUGGAGGAACUUUGAGAUCAACGGAAAAGGCAACUAUCUGCUCAUCCGCUCGUUCCUGCGUUUGUUGCCGAGCCCCGAUACACCUGCCAGUAUUGUCAAUGUGAGCUCAUGGCAAGCGUUCUUCACGGUUCCACCGCUCGGCGCAUACUUCAUGUCAAAGUAUAUUCUAGAUGCCCUGGCUACGUACGUCGCUGCUGAGUACCCAAAUGUUACCGCGGUGUCUAUGCAUCCAGGCCUGGUCCCUACUGAUAUGCUCCGCGAGCCCUUCCGAUCACUCUUCAACCAGGAUAGCCCCGAGCUUGUCGGCGGUACCGCUGUCUGGCUGUGUCAAGAGAAGGCAAAAUUCCUAAGCGGACGUUUUAUCGCGGCGAACUGGGACGUGGAGGAUUUGCUCAGCCGCAAAGAAGAAAUCGUGAAGGACGACCUGCUCAAGCUGACGCUCAAAGGUCAAUUUGGAGUAUGA